AUGUGCUCCGCGGGGGGCCUACUUCAGUUCAUUGGUGCGGCGCAGCGUCUGGACCACGCGCCCGCCCUGGUUUCCUUCUUCUUGCAGCGGGCGCCCAUGCGGCCGGCAGCGGCGGAGGCGUGUGUUCGAUGCGGCGCCGACCUCACUGCGGUGGGCUGGCUGCGGGGCGUUUGCCACGGGGACUCUGUGGAGGCCGUCGAGGCGAACCUCGACGGGUUGCACGUGCUGGUGGAUGAGGGGCCGCUCGACCGCCUUUGGACCUGCAUUCGGAAGGCGGUGGAGGCGGAGAGGCGGCGCCUGCUUGCGAGGCGCGCUGCCUUGCGGCGUGACGCGCGCCGGGCCCGGCGCAGGGUCGACGACUCGGCCCUGGGGGAGUUUGACCGCGUGGGGGGGUCGCUGAAGUCCUUGACCGCGCAGUGCAAGCAGAGCCGACGCCGCCGCCGUCUCUGGCUCCAGGCGCAGCGCAUUGGCGACUUGGCCGAGGCCGAACGCGCGGGUGAUUGGCUUCAGGACCGUUUCGCCCAGGUGGCCGCCGAGGGCAAGAAUGGUGGCUACAGCGCGGUCCGUCCCGGCGACGACAUAGCGGAAGACGUCCGCCCUGCUCCGAUUGUGCCGGUGAUCCCCUGGGGCGAGGCGGAGGCGCUGGCUGUCAAGGACAUGGCGCGGCUGGGGGCGGCCCUGCUGCGUGCGCCGCUGCGGCGAGCCUCUCCUUCGUGGUCGGUCCAGGUGGCCGCCUGGCGCGUGCUCUUGGCGCCUAGGCAGCAGCCGAAGGGCGGCGUCGGAGUCGGCGCGAAGCACAUGCAGCCCCGCGUUUCCGCGAGGCUCCGGAGCCCGGUGGUGGAGGUCUGGCGCGUAAUCGAUGUCGUGUGCCCCGUCGGCAAGUGCCACUUCGGAUCGCUGCUGCGACGUGGCCCGGGCGUCUCUGCCAACCUGCAGGCCGCCUUGGCGGUGAUGCACGCGAUACAAUGGCGCCAAGACCUGGCCUGUUUCUCCGCUUUCAGCUGCUUCGAGGACCUCUCGAAGGCGUUCCAGUGCACGUCGCAGAAGGCCCUGGACGCGGCGGCGGAGCACCUCUAG